UACCGAUAUUUGUGUCCAGACUUUGCCGAUCUGUUGCCACAAGUAUUUGAUACGCCUUUUGAGACAAAUCAUGUUUUGUGGGAUCAGUCGCCUGAAGAGUCCAUUGCAGUCGCGGCUGAGGUCAACAGCUAUUAUAUCAGCCCUUAUGUAAACUCUAAACUUAAAGGAGUCAUAUCUCCCUUUUCCGACGUGACCGCUCAGGAAGUAUACCAGAUCCGGGAGCCCUAUCGGUGA